GUUUUUAUAUGUGAUCUGUAGGAGGAAUAUGAUACCCAUGAUCCAAAAGGUCAUAGUGCCAUGGUACUUCCAUUUCUUAAGAAAAGGUCAAAGAUAAUUGAGAUAGUUGCUGCACGUGAUAUUGUUUUUGCCCUUGCACAAUCUGGUGUCUGUGCAGCAUUUAGCCGAGAAACAAACCGGAGGAUAUGCUUUUUGAAUGUCAGUCCAGACGAAGUCAUACGGAGCUUGUUUUACAAUAAAAACAAUGACUCCUUAAUCACUGUUUCGGUCUAUGCUUCAGAUAAUUUCAGUUCCUUAAAAUGCAGAACGACAAGGAUUGAAUACAUAAGGAGGGGUAAACCAGAUGCGGGAUUUGCUCUAUUUGAGUCGGAAUCAUUAAAAUGGCCUGGUUUUGUGGAGUUUGAUGAUGUAAAUGGGAAAGUACUUACUUACUCUGCCCAGGAUAGCAUAUACAAGGUGUUUGACCUGAAGAAUUAUACGAUGUUAUACUCGAUCCCGGACAAAAAUGUCGAAGAGAUUAAAAUCAGUCCAGGAAUCAUGUUGCUAAUAUUUACCAAAGCUAGCGGCCAUGUUCCUUUAAAGAUUCUCUCGAUUGAGGAUGGUACUGUUCUUAAAUCUUUCAACCAUCUGCUCCACCGAAAUAAGAAGGUGGAUUUCAUUGAACAGUUCAAUGAAAAGCUUCUUGUCAAACAAGAGAAUGAAAAUCUUCAGAUUCUUGAUGUACGCAAUUUCGAGUUGACAGAAGUUAGCAGAGCUGAAUUCAUGACCCCAUCAGCAUUCAUAUUUCUGUACGAGAAUCAAUUAUUCUUGACAUUCAGAAACAGAACAGUAGCUGUUUGGAAUUUCCGCGGGGAGCUUGUGACUUCAUUUGAGGAUCACCUAUUAUGGCAUCCUGACUGCAAUACAAACAACAUUUACAUUACUAGUGAUCAGGACCUUAUUAUUUCAUAUUGCAAAGCUGAUUCUGAUGAAUCCUUAUCAGAAGGAACAGCUGGAUCGAUCAAUAUCAGCAACAUUUUGACAGGCAAAUGCCUUGCUAAAAUAAAAGCAACUGACAGCCUUAGCUCAGAUGAUUGUAGUUGCAGUCCCAGUUGCAAUGAGCAUGGUGGUAGAAGUUGCAACUCUAAGAAGCGUAUCCGAGCUUCCAGAAUUGGUAGCACGGUUGCAGAAGCCCUGGAAGAUAUCACUGCCCUUUUCUAUGAUGAAGAGCAUAAUGAAAUCUAUACUGGAAACAGUCUUGGGCUGGUCCAUGUAUGGUCUAACUGAAGGUUGACUGAUCCUCUUGCUCUCCGACAUGUUUAGGAAACGCAAACACGCCACGGGGAGAAUUGUACAAUUAGAAUGCCAUCUAUUUUUCUUUUUCUUGUUUUGAAAAAAUGUCUCAUCUUGUUACCCCCAAAUAUAGGGAGAUAGUUUGAUUUGUGACAUCGAUUUACUUUAUAGUGCAUGUCUGUUAAUAAUUUGGUUUCCAGGAUGAUAUUCCUUUUCAACUAGAGAGUUGAUAAUUCCUAGUGUUCUAGUGCUUCUUUAACUACUGAGUUGUACGCAUUAACAAGCUUAGUCAAUGGGUGAGAGCAUAUUAUACUGUUAAACUGAUUUUGCUUGUGGCACCUUUAAAUGAAUAAUUCAGCUAUUUGUCCUUGCCA